AUGCUGCAAGAUGAGGCAGACAGAUGGUGGAAAGGAGUCAAGAGGGCAAUGACCCCUCAAGCCAGGGCACCCUACAUUACUUGGGAGCGAUUCAAGGAACUCUUCAAUGAGAAGUACUUUCCCCUAAAUCUAAGAAUGAAGAAGGAAAGAGAAUUUAUGGAGUUAAAGCAAAUCGGGGACAUGAUUGUUGCCCAGUACGAGGAUGCCUUUAGCCGAUUGAUCAGGUACAUGCCCAUUUAUGAAGGGGAUGAAAGGAUCAAAGCUCAGAAAUUCUUAGGGGGGCUGAAUCUGAGGCUUCAGAGGGCCUUAAGCAGUAUAAGUACUCAGUCUUAUACAAAAGUGGAAUUACAAGCCUUUACCACUGAGGCUAACCUAAGCCGAAUCGAAGCUAUCCAAGGAGAAAGUCAGCAAGGGAGUGGUCAUAAAGCGGGCAAGAAGCUGGAUCUCCAGAGGUCGAAGUUCAAGCCUGGUACUCCGUGCACAAGAUGCCAGAAGAAACACCUUGGAAGGUCAUGCCGGCUUGGAAUGAAAGGUUGCUACAACUGUGGAGAAGAAGGACAUCUCAACCAGAACUUCCCUAAGAGAAGAAUCACUUGUUUCAACUGCCAGCAGACGAACAUUUUGCAAAGGACUGUCCCAAGCUGCGGCUAA